UAUUCCCCAUUCUCUCUCUCUCUCUCUCUCUCUCUCUCUCUCUCUCUCUCUCUCUCAAGACCCAUGAUGCCUCUAUUCUCAUUUCUUGUAUAAUCUGUUAACUAGUUAUAUCAAACUCAUAUAUAUUUUUCCAUCAAAGUUCACACAACUAAAGAGAAAGAUAAGAACAGUACUGUUUCAGUAUAUCUAAAGAAGAUCAUACAAUGAUGAUGAAGAUGUUUGCAGCUUUGUUUGUGUUAUGCAGUUUGAUGAUACUUGAACCAGCUUUAUCAGCAGAUGCAACACCACCUAAUAUUCAAGAGCAGUGUACUAGUCAGUUUGGGAAAGUAGGUGCAUGUCUAACGUUUGCAACAGGGAAAGGACCAACACCGACACCGGACUGUUGCUCAGCUGUGAAAGAAAUCAGACAACAUCAGGCGGUUUGUUUGUGUUAUAUCAUCUUGGAAACUCACAAGGGUGAAUCUUCACUUAAGGAUAUGGGUCUUAAAGAAGACAGGUUACUUGCACUCCCAUCUGCCUGCAAACUAGCUGAUACUAGUGUCGACAAAUGCCCCAAACUUCUCAACUUAUCUCCAACUUCUCCUGACUAUGCAUUUUUCACAAAUAUAACAUCACCAGCUGCAUCAACUACUCCAAGUGCAUCAACAGCAACACCAGCAGCAGCUGCAGCUGCAAAGGAUGCUAAAUCUGUGGGAAGUAUGCAUGGACCACAUCUUGUUGUAGCUAUUAUCUUUUCUGUUGUCAUGUCUUUGUUCAUGGAAUGAAUAUGAUGAGAUUGCGGUGAAUUUUUCUGAUCAUACCACCUGUCAUUUAUGUAACAGAUCCUGUUGUGACGCCAAACUUGUAUGAUUUUACAAACUACUAUUUCAUGUAUCCUUGCUUUAAUUAAAAUUGCGUUUUAUGCUUGAAAUUUUA